GGGUGUCGGAGGACGCCAUUGCUGCCGCAGCUGGCCGUUUAAGAUUCGUCAAAGGGGGGGGGGGGGGGUAAACCGAAGGUUUUCGUGUCCGCCGGGCGCUAACGAUCCGACUGUCCCCCCCGCCAGGGUUGUCUCCCUCCGGACGGGAAACCAGCAAAAUGGAGGUGUUAUCCCGGCAGGAGAAGGGAAAGCGGAGCCGCAGCGUUCAGCUUAAGCAGACUCCUACCGUUGCACCGGCUGUGCGGCGGCCCGGCCUGUCACCAUGAACGCCAGCAGGAACUGCACGCCGUCGGGGCGCGACGAGGGUCUGAUCGCCCUGGAGUCGGUCUCCAUCGUGUGCGUCACGCUCCUGGCGGGCCUGGGGAACCUGCUGAUUGUGGUGACGCUGUACCGCCGGCCGUACCUCCUCACGCCCAGCAACAAGUUCGUCUUCAGCCUGACCUCGUCCAACCUGCUGCUGUCCCUGCUGGUGCUGCCGUUUGUGGCCGCGAGCUCGGCGAAGCGAGAAUGGAUGUUCGGCGUGGUUUGGUGCAACUUCACCGCUCUGCUCUUCCUGCUCAUUAGCUCGGCCAGCAUGCUGACGCUCGGAGCGAUCGCCGUGGACAGGUACUACGCGGUGCUCUAUCCCAUGAUCUACCCCAUGAAGAUCACAGGGAACCGCGCGGCGGUGGUCAUAGCCUACGUGUGGCUGCACUCCCUGGCGGGCUGCCUGCCCCCGCUGUUCGGCUGGUCCUCCUUCGAGUUCGACUGCUACAAGUGGAGCUGCGUGGUGGCGUGGCACAGGGAGCCCAGCUACACGGCCUUCUGGGUGGUCUGGUGCGUCUUUCCCCCGCUAUUCACCAUACUCGUCUGCUACGGCGUCAUCUUCCGCGUCGCCCGAAUGAAGGCGCGCAAGGUGCACUGCGGGACUGUGGUCGUCGCUCAGGACGACGGCGCUCACGGGAACGGGCGCAAGAACUCCAGCACCUCCACGUCCUCCAACGGAAGCCGGCGGAGCCUGGUGUACGCGGGAAGCCAGUGCAAGGCCUUCGUCACCAUAUUAGUGGUGGUGGGGACCUUCCUGGUGACCUGGGGGCCGUACGUGGGGGCGGUGUGCACGGAGGCUUUGUGGGGGCGGGGCAGCGUGUCUCCGGGGGUGGAGACCCUGGUGGCGUGGCUGUCUUUCUGCAGCGCAGCGUGCCACCCGCUCAUCUACGGCCUGUGGAACAAAACGGUGAGGAAGGAGCUGCUGGGCAUGUGCUUCGGGGAUCGCUACUACAGAGAGUCCUUCGCCACACGCCACCGGACGUCCCGCCUCUUCAGCAUCUCCAACAGAAUCACGGAUUUGGGCAUGUCCCCACACCUGACUGCCAUGCUGGCUGGGGGAGGACACCUGCUGGCCCCGGGAAGCAGCACGGGAGACACCGGCUUCAGUUUCACUCAGGACUCCGGCACAGACGUGAUGCUGCUGGAGAACUCCACCGACGGCUCCUCCCACGCGCCGCAUCACGGAAACGCCUGCGGGAAGAGGCGGAGCUCCGUCACCUUCGAAGACCAGUUGGAACAUUCCAAAGCUGAGAACUCCUCCUCCACCUCCUCGUCUUCCCCUGUCCAGGUCCAAGCAGAGCUCCACGAAUGUCUGGACACGUUCGCCUCCGGCUUGGCGAAGGCGAUCGAGAGCGACGCCAAGCUCGCCCUGUUCGGAGAGAGCCUGCAGGGGGCGCUGUUCACCACGCGGCCGGCACAGAGACCCAGAUACCUGGACGGUCAGAGACUGAGGCUGGAGAGCAUCGACGAAGGCAUCGUCAGAGACGACAGGGAGGAGGAGGAAGAGGAGAGCAGGUCUGGCCUGUGACCGGGCCGCUGGAGGACAUUCACGCGUGACCUCUGACCCUUUGUGCUGCCUGUAAGGACGCUUGGAUUCCCUCCACGCUGGUACCACUUACCGUACUUGAAACGGUGGAACAGGUAGAGCCCACCUGUGCUGCACCAGCGUCCUGGAAACGGUUUUCACACAGUGAAAAACACAUUCAUGUCAUUUCUGUUUUGUUUUUUACAUUUACAUGAACCCAACAGGAUUAUGUAUGAUUGAAUCAGGGAAAGGUGAAGGUAGAAUGAAGGAAUGCAUUCUUCAUUUCUGAUAACAAAGAUGCACUUAUCAAAUCCAAAUUCAACUAACUUCAUUUAACCCCGAGGGGCAAUUCUUUUUAAGGUGCAGAGAAAUUGACAUCCCCCAAACGCAUUCAAAAGAAAACCUGCAGCGCUAGAAGAGGCUCAGAUUCAAACCUUUUUUCACAUUUAACUUGUGUAGGAACCCUGAGCAUAAAUGCAAAGCAGCUACCUGAUGGGAUUAGGAAUAAAGAAGCUGAGUCCACUAGAAGAUCGCUUUCCACUUUCGACAAAACAAGUUCAGCUCAAUUCUGUGUCACGAUUUGUGAAAGAAUUAAAAUAAUAAAAACCAACCCCAGAAGGAUCCAAAGUUUGAACGUGAACAGCUGAUGCAUCAAGGAGAACGUUAGCAUUCCAGCUGUGGAGCAGCUGCUGUUAGACAUCCGUGAAAUCCAACCCAGACGUCGUCAACAGAGGAAGUUUUGUAGCUUUAGUCAUUUUUUUAAAAAUAUUUUAUUUACUUUAAUGAGGAACUGGCAGCAUUUUAGUGAUGAAUUAUGUUUUUUUUAACAGGUACAGCUUUUGUAAGAACAAGCUACAUAGGAACAGGUAUUUUUAUAUUAUAGGAACUAUAGGUACAAACGUUUGCAUUAAAGUUUUACACUCAGA